GAUUAAAUGGAAAUUUAUUCUUACGUCCAAAAUACUUUUUUUGAUAAAAUUGGUUCGUUGCCACUUCGAUUAGUAAAUAAAGUAAUUCGAACGCAGACAUGCGUUUUCUUUUAUGCUUGUUGUUUAGCUUAUUACCUUUUGUGUUUAGUCAAACAAUUUCAAAUGUUCGACUCGUCGAUCAUACGAGCUAUAUUGUAGAACUUGUACAGAAAACUAUCGAUCGGGUUCAGAAAAAUCAUUGGAAUGGCCUUAAAGUUCAUGAUGUUACUAUUGAAAUUGACGAAGAAAUCCUAAAUAAAACCGUCAAGGGUACAGUGUCUCUGAGCAAUGGGUUUAUAGUGUCGAUGCAGCAUUUAACCCUUGUUCCGUCAACGAUCCAACAAGUCUGGUUGUAUACGAGAGCUACAAAUACCACGACUCUGGAACUACGAAGUACUAUGCAAAUGACAGACAUCGCCAUUGGCUUUGACGUAGAUGGAACGCUAGAUGGUGAAAAUUACCAUAAUACAGUCACAAUAAUAUAUCCAUCAAUGCAAUUUAAAUUAGCGCUAAUAAGAAAUUUAUUUACCGAUGAACUAUCUUCAAGAGCUGAGCCUGUUUUGAGGAGAACAACAAAUAAAUUGCAAUUCUUACCUUCGGAUAACUUUUCACAAGUUUUAGUCCAUUUGUAUGACUGGAACAGUACAUUUCCAAGUCUUCAGACGUGGGCCAAUGAGGUAUUUGCACCUAUAAUACUUGAUGUAGCCGAAACGGAGCAUCCAAUACCGGGAUUCUGUUACGACUGUCCUGCCUACUAAAUUUUACAGUGAACAGAGAAAAACAGAAUGUAUUAAUAUCUGUACCAUUUUCUUAUCGAUGUUUACUUGUGGACAGCUAUUAAUUGUAUUUUGCGUUGUAUUUAAAAUAAAAUAUUAAAUUUUUUAUAUUUUUA